ACUGAGAAAAUUCGUAUUAGAGCAUCACCUGUGCUGUAAUGUAUGCACAGUGUAGCUCUGCGUUUUUGGGUAUCUGAGACAUGGAGCAAAUGGCGGGUUCUCUGGAAACCGAUUCGCAAAAUUCUCUCAACGGUGAUUGCUCAUUUGUUUGGGACGACAACUCGAAGCUCUAUUUCCAUGCCAGUAGUGGAUUUUACCAUGACCCAAACGCUGGUUGGUACUACAGUAGUCGAGAUGGUCUUUAUUACAAAUUUGAAGAUGGAAAUUACGUGCUUCUUCACUCGGACAAGGAUGACAAAACUGAAAUAUAUGAGAACGAAGUGGCUGCUUCCGAGAAUCACACUCAAGAUGACCCAUUUUUGGAACAUGUAGAUUGUGGCAAAGAUGAGAUCGAACCCAAUGCUGGAAACACAGAGUGCAGUACCGGUAAUGAACCUGAAAAUCUUCCUCCUCCGUCAGAGUGGUUAGAAGAUACACUAAUUGAUCUUUAUUUGUCUGGCUACUCCGACCCAGCAGUCAAUGCUGCUGCUGAUGUAACAUUCCCCUUGAAAACAGAUGAGGUGGAUUCCUAUCCAGCUGAAGUGAACACUGAUACUUACGAGCUGGAAGAAGGAGAAUGGAUUCCAGAAGACUAUCAUGAAUAUGAUGUAACUAACUCAACUGAAAAUGUAGCAGAUGAAGGUGAUUCAUGGGAUGAAGAGAAUUGGAGAGCUCAGUAUGGUCAAGUCAUUAAUUCUUCAGAAGAGCCAACUCUGGAGGUUCCUUGCACGGAUUUAUGGGACUGGACAAUGGUCACAAAGCCCAGAAAGGAUGGAAAAGGUGUGAUUGCAAAGCUUGUUGGCAGACUGAUGAAGAGGUCUUCUAAGCUUCAUCCGUCAAUGCCUUCUGGUGGUGGUCUUUUAAGAACUGCUCCAAUAUGUGAAGCACAUCUUGAUCUGGUACGAGUGACAACAGGGCAAGUUUAUAAGUUGCGGAGUCCUAGUGCAAAAUUCUUAGCUUCCUUGUCAGCUUAUGAUUCUUCAAACCCAACCAAAGAUUGGGGAUUUCCUGAACUAUCAGUUCACAGACAAUCAUUCCCCAUCUCUAAAUCCAGUGGAAAAACGGAAUCAAAAUCUGCAGAUGGAGUCUCAGACAGCUGUCUGCCUUCUCUUCCUAAUCAAGGCCCCACAGUUGAAAAGCGUAGAAGCAACACAUAUAGGGAUAGAGCUGCUGAGAGAAGAGCCUUGCACGGUGGGUUUGGUGUGGGUCCAGGACAAAAGAAUUCCAUAGUCCGUGAUGAUGAUUCAACUUCAUCAUCUGUUCCUGAGUCUACAGAGGAAGCUGCAGCUGAGGCUUUGAACAUAUCAUUUGGAUCUGGCAGUUAUGCUAGAAGAAUCCUAAAAAGCAUGGGCUGGAAAGAGGGGGAGGCACUUGGCAAGACUACAAAAGGCUUGCUUGAACCAAUUCAGGCCGAAGGUAACAUUGGGAGUGCUGGACUGGGGUGGCCUCAAGGAAGAUCCAAGCAGAGGAAGGUCUAACCCUUCCAUUCUCUACAAGCACAUACACAAUAAUCCUUUUUUUUUUUUUUUUUUUCAUUUCCCCUCUUUGUAGUAUAGUUGUGACCGAGCUUCAAUAAGUAAAUAUGUUUUAGCGUGUCCAUAUCUCCUAGCUGUUGUGUAUGUAUUAUUUGAGUUAAAAAAGCUUUGGCCCCUGUUUUUUUGGUCC